AGAAAACAUGGAACUUCGUUUGGUAGGUGGUGUUACAUCAGGAAGACUUGAAGUGUUCUAUAAUGGUAGUUGGGGCUCUGUGUGUGAAGAUUCGUUCGAUACUAAUGACGCUAAGGUUGCGUGUAGGCACUUAGGUUUGGAGUCUGAGAGGGCGACUGUAAUACAAAGUUCUAAUGUCACUGAUGGUAACGGCCCCAUCUGGUUGGAUGAUAUUGAUUGUACUGGAACCGAGAAAACAUUGUUUGAAUGUAGUCACAGAGGUUGGGGAGUUCAGAACUGCAACCAUAAUGAAGAUGUUGGUGUUAGUUGCAACGGAGGACUCCGCUUGGUUGGUGGUGAUGCAUCAGGAAGACUUGAAGUGUUCUAUAAUGGUAGAUGGGGCACUGUGUGUGA